UUCAAGACGUUCACGCGUCAGCAACAGCUGCCCUGGAGCUCGCGCUGGCCUCGGGUUAUAGAGUCAGACUUCAGCUGGAAGACUGAAGACCAAAGACUGAAGGUUUUGUGGAAAUAUUUACCUCACUGUUAAAGGAGUUUAGUGUAGAGAUUCCCCGUUGAGGUGGUGUCUCUUCGCGAUGCCAAGAUGGCACGCCUGCUCCCUCCCACAGGCACCAGUGUGUUCCGCCGCUUCACCCCAGAGUCACUGGUGGAGAUCGAGAGGCUCAUCCAGGAGAAGAGCACCAGGGAGGAACUAGAGGGAGCCGAGGAGGAACCACAGGCACCGAGCAGCGAUCUGGAGGCGGGAAAAUGCCUGCCGAUGAUCUAUGGCGACCCCCCCGGGGAUCUCCUCAACACCCCUCUGGAAGACAUCGACCCCUUUUAUAAAACACAGAAAACUUUUAUUGUCAUAAGCAAGGGAAACACAAUCUUCAGGUUCUCUUCUGAACCGGCGAUGUUUUGCAUCAGUCCUUUUAGUAUUGUCAGAAGAGGAGCCAUCAAAAUUCUUAUACAUUCGUUAUUUAGCAUGUUCAUCAUGAUCACCAUCCUGUCCAAUUGCGUGUUCAUGACGAUGAGUAACCCUCCAGCCUGGAGUAAAACUGUCGAGUAUGUUUUUACUGGUAUAUAUACCUUUGAAGCGACUGUCAAAGUUUUAUCCCGAGGCUUCUGCAUUGGACCUUUUACAUUCCUCCGUGAUCCAUGGAACUGGCUUGAUUUCAUGGUGAUCAGCAUGGCGUACGUCACAGAGUUUGUAGACCUUGGCAAUGUGUCAGCACUGAGGACAUUUCGUGUGCUUCGAGCUCUCAAAACAAUCACAGUUAUUCCUGGUUUGAAAACCAUUGUUGGGGCUUUGAUUCAAUCUGUCAAGAAGAUGAUAGACGUCAUGAUUUUGACCAUCUUUGCACUGGCUGUAUUUGCCCUCAUUGGACUACAGCUGUUCAUGGGAAAUCUGCGCCAAAAGUGCAUCCGUUGGCCCAUUCUCAACAGCACCAUCUUUGACGUCUACAACUCCAACAUGGUCAAUGACACCACCCUCAACGUUACCGAUACUUUCGAUUUCAAAGCUUACAUAAGCAAUGAAGAAAACCAAUACUUUCUGGAAGGAAGUUUAGAUGCUUUACUAUGUGGCAACAGUUCUGAUGCUGGGAGAUGUCCAGAAGGAUACACGUGUAUGAAAGCUGGUCGAAACCCAAACUAUGGCUAUACAAGCUAUGACAACUUUGGAUGGGCCUUUCUCGCCCUCUUCAGACUCAUGACCCAGGACUUUUGGGAGAAUCUUUUCCAGCUGACCCUUCGUGCUGCUGGGAAGACUUACAUGAUCUUCUUCGUGGUGGUCAUCUUCCUGGGCUCUUUCUACCUCAUCAAUCUGAUCUUGGCUGUGGUUGCAAUGGCAUACGACGAGCAGAAUGAGGCCACAUUGGCCGAGGCUCGUGACAAAGAAGAGGAGUUUCAAAGAUUACUUGAGCAGCUCAAGAACCAAGAGACAGGCAGUAAAGCAUCUUUGGCCAGCCAGAAAACACAAAGUCGAGGGUCAAACCGGACAGGUUCCCUGCACGAUCUUGCAGAUGAAGAUGUCAUAAAGGACUGUAAUGGCCGAAUAGUACCUCGCCUUAUUGUCAACAGAGUUUCCUCUAACAAAGAGUUAUCAGCAGAAGAGGACCAGAAGUCUCUGAGUUCAAAACACAGCAUGCAGUACUUGGACCAGCCCAAACUCUCCAAGAGAACAGCUAGUGCUCUCAGUGUACUCACUGCAACUAUGGAGGGGUUGGAGGAUGCCCAGAGGCCUUGUCCCCCUGGCUGGUAUAAGUUUGCGGAUAUGUUCCUUAAAUGGGACUGCUGCGCUCCCUGGAUCUUGUUUAAGAAGUGGGUUCAUUUUGUAGUGAUGGACCCAUUCGUUGACCUGGGUAUCACCAUCUGCAUUGUGCUCAAUACACUGUUCAUGGCCAUGGAGCAUUACCCUAUGAGUCCACAUUUUGAACAUGUCCUCUCAGUGGGCAACUUGGUGUUCACAGGAAUCUUCACAGCUGAAAUGGUGUUCAAGCUUAUAGCUAUGGACCCUUACUACUACUUCCAGGUGGGCUGGAACAUUUUUGACAGCAUCAUUGUCACACUCAGCCUGGUGGAGUUGGGACUGGCCAACGUUCAGGGAUUGUCCGUUCUAAGGUCCUUUCGUUUGCUACGUGUCUUCAAACUGGCUAAAUCUUGGCCCACCCUUAACAUGCUGAUCAAGAUCAUCGGCAACUCAGUGGGUGCUCUAGGGAACCUAACACUUGUUCUGGCCAUCAUUGUCUUCAUCUUUGCCGUGGUGGGCAUGCAGCUUUUUGGAAAAAGCUACAAGGACUGCGUUUGUAAGAUCUCUGAGGAUUGCGAGCUGCCCCGCUGGCACAUGAACGACUUCUUCCACUCAUUCCUCAUCGUCUUUCGGAUCUUAUGUGGAGAGUGGAUUGAGACUAUGUGGGACUGCAUGGAGGUGGCAGGAGCUAGCAUGUGUUUGAUAGUCUUCAUGAUGGUCAUGGUCAUCGGAAACCUUGUGGUGCUGAAUCUGUUUCUGGCCCUGCUGCUUAGCUCCUUCAGUGGAGAUAACCUGUCUGGAGGUGAUGAUGAUGGAGAGAUGAACAACCUUCAGAUUGCCAUUGGCCGCAUCACCAGGGGUAUCGAUUGGGUUAAAGCCUUAGUUGCCAGUAUGGUGCAACGGAUUCUGGGAAAGAAACCUGAUAAUACCAAAGAGGAAGGGGAGGGAGACAUAGAACUGUACGCUUUAAAUCACCUUGAUGAAGGAAAAAUGGCAGAUGGUUUGACCAACUGUUUGUCUCCAACAUUGACUGUACCUAUUGCUCGUUGUGAGUCUGAUGUGGAGGAAGAUGAGGACUCUGAAUCUUCUGAUGAGGAAGACGCAAAGGCCACUCUUAAUGAUGGUGACUCUUCGGUUUGUAGCACAGUGGACUACCAGCCUCCAGAACCUGAGCCUGAACCUGAAGAGGUAGAAGAAGAGGAACCAGAACCUGAAGAACCAGAGGCCUGUUUCACAGAGGGCUGUAUUAGGCGAUGUGCAUGUUUGAGUGUUGACAUCACAGAAGGAUGGGGUAAAAAAUGGUGGAACCUCAGAAGGACAUGCUUCACCAUCGUUGAGCAUGAUUACUUUGAGACCUUCAUCAUCUUUAUGAUCCUCCUUAGCAGUGGAGCACUGGCUUUUGAGGAUAUCAACAUUGAGAGGCGCAGAGUGAUCAAGACCAUUCUGGAGUAUGCUGAUAAAGUCUUUACAUAUAUUUUUAUAGUGGAGAUGUUACUGAAGUGGGUGGCAUAUGGCUUCAAGACCUACUUCACUAAUGCAUGGUGCUGGCUGGACUUCCUCAUUGUGGAUGUGUCUCUGGUCAGUUUAACGGCUAAUUUAAUGGGCUACUCUGAGCUGGGGGCAAUCAAAUCUCUCAGGACACUUAGAGCUCUUCGUCCACUUCGAGCCCUAUCCAGAUUUGAAGGAAUGAGGGUGGUAGUGAAUGCACUUGUAGGUGCCAUUCCCUCUAUUUUUAACGUGCUCCUGGUGUGUCUGAUAUUCUGGCUCAUCUUCAGCAUUAUGGGGGUCAAUCUGUUUGCCGGAAAAUUCUACCACUGCAUCAACACCACCACAGAGGAACGGAUCCCCAUGGAUGUAGUCAACAACAAGAGUGACUGCAUGGCACUGAUGUACACCAACGAGGUGCGAUGGGUCAAUGUCAAGGUCAACUACGACAACGUGGGACUCGGCUACCUCUCUCUGCUGCAGAUUGCCACAUUCAAAGGCUGGAUGGAUAUCAUGUAUGCUGCAGUGGAUUCUAGAGAGGUGGAUGAGCAGCCAUCAUAUGAAAUCAACCUUUACAUGUACCUUUAUUUUGUUAUUUUCAUCAUUUUUGGCUCCUUUUUUACUCUCAACCUCUUUAUUGGUGUCAUCAUUGACAACUUCAAUCAGCAAAAAUCAAAGUUUGGAGGGAAAGACAUUUUCAUGACUGAGGAACAGAAAAAGUAUUACAAUGCCAUGAAGAAGCUGGGUGCAAAGAAACGUCCAAAACCUAUACCUCGACCAUCAAAUAUUAUCCAGGGUUUGGUGUUUGACUUCAUAUCAAAACAGUUCUUUGACAUUUUUAUCAUGGUGCUAAUCUGCCUCAACAUGGUGACCAUGAUGAUAGAGACGGAUGACCAGAGUGCUGAGAAAGAAUAUGUCCUGUACCAGAUCAAUCUGGUCUUCAUCGUCGUCUUCACAAGUGAAUGUGUACUUAAAUUAUUUGCACUCAGACAGUACUUUUUCACUAUUGGCUGGAACGUCUUUGAUUUUGUUGUAGUCAUCCUUUCUAUUGCAGGUCUAAUGUUAUCAGACAUCAUUGAGAAGUACUUUGUGUCUCCUACUUUGUUUCGUGUCAUCAGACUUGCAAGAAUCGGCCGUGUGCUGCGUCUCAUCAGAGGGGCGAAGGGCAUUCGGACCCUUUUGUUUGCCUUGAUGAUGUCACUUCCUGCCCUUUUCAACAUUGGACUGCUUCUGUUCCUGAUCAUGUUCAUCUUCUCCAUCUUUGGCAUGUCUAACUUUGCCUAUGUGAAAAAGCAGGCAGGCAUCGAUGACAUCUUCAACUUUGAAACAUUUGGUGGCAGCAUUAUCUGCCUGUUUGAGAUCACAACCUCGGCAGGCUGGGACGGCCUUCUGCUGCCUAUUCUAAACAGUGGCCCUCCUGAUUGUGACCCUGACUUUGAAAACCCUGGUACAGAUGUGCGGGGAAACUGCGGGAAUCCUGGCAUGGGCAUCAUGUUUUUCUGCAGUUACAUCAUCAUGUCAUUCCUGGUGGUCGUGAACAUGUACAUCGCCAUCAUUCUGGAGAACUUCAACAAUGCUCAAGAGGAAAGUGGAGACCCGCUCUGUGAGGAUGACUUUGAUAUGUUUGAUGAAACAUGGGAAAAGUUUGACGUCGAUGCUACGCAGUUUAUUGAAUACGACCGCUUGUUUGACUUUGUCGAUGCCCUGCAGGAGCCUUUACGAAUUGCCAAACCCAACCGUCUCAAGCUGAUCUCCAUGGACAUCCCCAUUGUAAACGGCGACAAAAUCCACUCUCAGGAUAUACUUUUAGCAGUGACCCGGGAAGUACUUGGCGACACUAUUGAGAUGGAUGCCAUGAAGGAGAGCAUCGAAGCCAAGUUCAUCAUGAACAACCCCACAUCUGCCUCGUUUGAGCCAAUCAUCACCACUCUCAGGAGGAAGGAGGAAGAGCGAGCAGCCAUUGCGGUUCAAAGAAUAUACCGUAGGCAUCUUCUCAAGCGUGCCAUCCGCUAUGCCUGCUUCAUGCGCCAAUCAAAGAGGAAAGUUAGGAAUCCCAACGACAAUGAACCUCCUGAAACUGAAGGGUUGAUUGCAAGGAAGAUGAAUACCCUAUAUGGCAGCAAUCCAGAACUUGCCAUGGCUCUUGAAUUGGAGACUAGGCCAAUGCGGCCAAAUUCACAGCCUCCUAAACCAAGCCAGGUCACACAGACCAGAGCAUCAGUGACCUUCCCUAGGCCGCAAGGACAGCUCAUCCUCCCAGUGGAGCUCACCAGUGAGGUGAUCCUCCGGUCUGCACCCACUACACACAGCUUCAACAGUUCAGAGAAUGCAACAACGAUAAAGGAGUCAAUAGUAUAACUAGCAGACAAUUCCUGUGGACUAAAAGACAAUCCUUGUGGUGUUAAAUGGAGUGUCAUCUGAACAACAGAAACUCCGAAACUGGAUAUCUUAAAGGAUUACACGGAACUGCUUCAGUGUGACAGCAUUGGAAGGCUAUUUUACUUGGGAGAACUUUUUUAUUCUUUGAUUGAAACUUUUCUAUUCAGUAUUUUUGCUUAUUUGUUCCCAAUUAAAAAUGUCCCAGUA